AUGCGAGUAUGUUCCAGGCAAAUAGUAUGGUCCAUCCGGAGUCAUCAAGCUCAUCAGGAAUUACCAGCUCUCUCUCUCUACAGCAAUCAAGAAAUGCCUCUACCCGUCACGAAAGUUGCCGCUUGUCACAUUGCUCCAGUUUGGCUUGACUCAAAAGCUACAAUCAGUAAGGCCAUUGAGUGGAUUCACGAAGCUCAUGCGAAGGGAGCUCAGCUUGUCUGCUUCCCUGAAACUUUUGUACCCUGCUAUCCAUGCUGGACGCAAUUGAAGGCACCUGUUGACAAUCACCAUCUGUUCCAAAAGCUAUGCGAAGAAGCCCUCUACGUCGAUGGCUCAGAAAUUAUGGCCAUUCAGCAAGUCUGUGCUGACCUAGGUGUUGUUGUUUGUCUUGGUUUCAAUGAAAAAUCCAGGGUGAGUGUCGGUUGUUUAUGGAACUCUUAUGUUGUGAUUAGUGAUGAAGGGUCAAUCAUGGCGCACCAUCGAAAAAUCAUGCCUACCUUUUGCGAGAAAUUGGUUUGGUCGCACGGCGAUGGCAACGGCUUAAAUGUCUCUGACACCAAGAUUGGAAAAAUUGGAGCGUUGAUUUGUGGUGAAAACACCAAUCCACUGGCUAAAUACGCAUUGAUUGGUCAAGGUGAACAAAUUCACAUAUCCAUGUGGCCAUCAUUCUUCAUAACGAGGAGACCAGGCAGCGAGGGUGCAAACUAUGAUCUCGACCAUGCGAAUAGAAUUAGGGCUGGCUGCCAGGCAUUUGAGGCUAAAACAUUCACCGUAGUGUGCGCCAACUUCUUCGAUGAAGCAGCCAAACAAUUCUGUAAGAAAGACGAUCCUGCAAACGCUGAGAUAUAUGACAAUGUUGCCCAGUGUUCUACCAUGUUCAUGGAUCCCACCGGCGCCCAGAUUGGGGAUGCAUUGAAGGAUCAGGAAGGAAUCGCUUAUUGUACUUUUGAUUUGAAUAAAUGUGUUGAGGUGAAACAAUUUCAAGAUGUCGCUGGCUAUUAUCAAAGGUAUGACAUCUUCAAAUUCAGCGUUGACCGAACCCCUGCUGUUCCUGUCAGAUUUUUGGAAGACCCAUCCACGAAAAUUGAGUAUCCAACACCAGCCAAGAAAGAAGUUUCCUCAUAA